CAUUCCCUACAUUAUUCUUAAUUGACUGGCUUUGGUAAAUAGCUGGACGAUUACUGUACUGGAUUAUUAUUUUACUAAGUAAUGUUAAGUUGUCACAGUUUGCUGUUGGUAGAUUCCACCGUAUUUAUUCUUUAAUGUAACAUGGACAGUGUAAUGAUUUGAACUGUUACAUCAUGAUGUAUAAUGCAAGGCAGUACUCUAAUACAUGUAUGUAUAUAUUCUCUAUUUUUAAUUUGCACGUCAUCAUAAUGUCAUAAUGAUUCUUUAUCUUAGCCAUGACAACAUAAUGGACUGGUGAUAGAAUAUUUCAACUAUAGCAAGACUUGUUGAUACAUUGUAUUUAUGCAAAAACGACAGAAAAUUUUCUGUUGUGCAUUAAAGUUGGACUGACAGGAGCUGUUGUGUAAGGCAUUGCAUUUUUUUUCUUCAUUUUCCAGACUGCCAUACAGAACUCACAAGCCUUCAGAACUGACAUACCUCAUAGCAGACCCACCAACAUGACAGAAGGGAUCAUACGGCCGCUCCAGUGUACCAAGGAAGUUGAGGAAGCCUCUAUAUUGGAGUCUGCAGGCUACCCCGCAGAUGAGGCUGCUUCGUUAGAAACCCUGCAGAUGAGAUACACCGCAGAAAGCCGUCUCUUUCUCGGCUACUUCAAAAACGAAAAGCUGCUCGGUUUUGUCUGUGCCACAAGCACCAAUGCCGAUCACUUAACAGAAGAAUCCAUGCAUGCCCACAUACCUUGUGGUGAAACAGUAUGCAUACAUUCUGUCUGUGUUGACCAAAGUGUUAAGCGUCAGGGAAUAGCCACCAAGCUACUUCAGGCGUUUGUUCCACACGUGAAAGAUAGUUUCCCCAAGGCCAAGAGGAUAUGUCUGAUAUGUCAUGAGUAUCUGAUUCCUCUGUAUACUAAGGCAGGGUUUGUUCUGGUCGGAACUUCUGAAGUUGUGCAUGGUAAGGAAGCGUGGUAUGAAUGUAUCAUGGAGUUAUGAGUCAGUUUCGGCUUCUACAAUGUACCAUUUAGUGUUUGUCACAGUUGUACUGUGUGAAAGUAUAUAGUAACAGCUGUUAUAAAUAAACUAUUGUAACAUAAUCCCCAAUUUGUAACAGUAUGAAUGGGUAUUAAACAAGUCUGAAUGCAAACAAUAAUCUAUAAGCUUGCCUUUUCUCUAACCACUCAUAUGUCAGAAAAGAGAAAAACCUGGUCUUUCCUGUCCAGCACAAAGACACAAAGGAACAA